ACAUUGAAAUCACGAAAACAUUGGCGUGAAAAUACAUGGAAAAAGCACGGAGAGGAGUUGACAACUUUGACAGACUGUGAAAACAGAAAAGAAAAUAUACAUAGGGAUUCGGCCUAUGUUGUUAGUUUAGUUGUUUAAUGUUUUGUACAUUAACAUUGAUAGAAAUUAAAGUAACGGCAAAAUCUCAAUAGAACAAUUUUAAGCUUUAUCUUCUAUUUUAGACAGAAGCGUUGUAUUCCUCAGAAAUAUUUAAUUUUUAGUAAAAUUGGUGAAUUUGUGUUAUUGAAUUUAAUGUAGAUAUAAUUUUUUUACGAAUUCUUGAAAAAUAUAGUUAUCAGCAAUGGCAUGGAGAUUCAAGGCAUCUAAAUAUAAAAAUGCUGCCCCUAUUGUUCCAAAAUCAGAAAAUUAUGUGAGAGAUAUAUGUGUUGGAUCAUAUCAAACUUAUGGAAACAAUAUUGCAGCUUCAGCGAAAUUUAUGGCAUUCAAUUGGGAACAUGUAGGAUCUAGUCUUGCUGUUCUCCCCUUAAAUGAUUCAGGUCGUAAAACCAAGUUAAUGCCUUUACUGCAUGCUCAUUUAGAUACAGUAACGGACCUUGAUUUCUCUCCUUUCCAUGAUGGAUUACUUGUUACGGGAUCGCAGGAUUGUAGUGUAAAAUUUUGGAUUAUACCAGAAGAAGGGUUGCAAGAAUCCUUGAGUACUCCAGAAUGCACAUUCACUCAAAGUCAAAAACGAAUUGAAACAGUAGGGUUCCACCCUACAGCUGAAUGUUUGAUUCAUUGCUCUUUUUCUACGAAUAUUAUAUUGUGGGACUUAUUGUCUCAGAAAGAAUUAUUUUCAAACUCAGAUGAGCAUACUGAAGUAAUACAGUCAGUCAGCUGGAAGAAGGAUGGUGUGCUACUUUCUACCUCCUGUAAAGACAAAAAAGUCCGUAUAUUUGAUCCAAGAAACAAGGAAUGUUGUUUGAAAACAGCUAAUAGCCACCAAAGCAUAAAGGAUUCCAGAAUUGUUUGGCUUGGUGACAGCAAUAGAGUUUUAACAACUGGGUUUGAUGCUCAACGUGUACGUCAAAUAAUAAUUAGAGAUGUGCGAAAUUUUAAUCAGAUUGAAAAAUCAAUCGAAUUGGAUAGUUCCACCGGUAUCUUGAUGCCCCUGUAUGAUGCUGAUACAGGCAUGCUCUUCUUGGCAGGAAAAGGUGAUACAACUAUUGGAUAUAUGGAAGUUAGUGAUAAGGAACCGUAUUUGAUAGAAGGAAUAAGACAUUCUGGUGAACAAACUAAAGGAGCUUGUCUUAUUCCUAAACGAGCAUUGAAUGUUAUGCAAGGAGAAGUUAAUCGAAUUCUCCAGCUGACUUCCAACUCAGUUAUUCCAAUCACAUAUCAGGUUCCCAGGAAAACUUACAGAGAUUUUCAUGCUGAUCUUUACCCUGAUACAACUGGAUAUAUCACAGAGUUGAAUGGAGAUAGAUGGUUCAAAGGAGAAAACUUCAGUAUACCCAAAAUAAGUUUGAAUCCAGCUGACAGGGAUCUAGGAGAUGCCCCUAUUACUGUUCACAAGGGAUCCCUCCAGAACAUCAUUGACGAGCAACAAAAAAUAUCGCAGAAAACUGUAAAAGAUUAUUCCGCCAGGAAUUGCGAAUCUCUGGAAAAUCGGGUUAUCAGCGAUAUGAUUAAUCAUCACGAAAUAACUUCACAAAAUUUCAAAAGGCCAGAAAAUAUGGACAAUGAAAAGGAGAAAUGUAAUAUUGAAAUAAAAGAAAUCGACGAAUCGUCCGAGGAUAAGAAGAAAAAGGCGGAUGAAAAGAUAUUCCCUCCGAAACCUCUACCAAGAGCUCUUAGAACUGGGUCGAUUUGUGAGAACUUAGACGACUCCACCAUACAAAAGCCAGUGGCAAGACCCAGAACAAACAGUUGUGCGCCCGUUGUGAAUUUGACGGAAACAAGAUACAAGCCUCGCCUAGGGCCGAAACCAUUUACGCCUAUGAAAUUGAACGGAACAAGGUCAUUUGAUGAAGUUUUCUACGUUCCCGAUGUUCCUAGCCUUAACCAAUCCAAUGGCCAUGACGCUGCCGACACCAAAAACUUACGCUCCGAAAAUAAUAGUCCAGAAGUGGGAACAACUUGUGAAGAUUCAUCUCCUCCCGAAAUAGAUGAAUUGCCUGUUUCACAAAAGGAGGAAAUAAGUGAGAACAAAGAUGAGGAGAAAAUUACUGAUACUGCUUCAAAAACACCUACAACGGCAGAACGCAGAAAAAUGUUCGAAUUACAUGAAAACGGAGAAAAUCUCGACUCCACUGACACUAAAAGCUUCGAAAGGGGAGGUCCUCAACAGAGCAGCUUUGCUGAACGCAGACAGAUUUAUGAAAGUAAAUCUAUGUCACUUACAGAGUGCACUAACACGGACAGGAUAACUUCCCCUGUGCUGUUGAGGAGACAGGGUACUUUCAAAGGCCAAAAAAAUAAUGAGGAGAAAAUCAUUUCGAAAGAAGAUUCUAAGCGAAAUGUGGAAAUGACAAAGCAGCAGUCUCAGACUCCUCCGACUUCUAAGAAAGGGGAGGUUAUAUCAGCACCUCCAAAAAGAACUUCAACUGUUUUUGGUCGUGUUUCUAAAUUUCGACACCUGAAAGUGACACCUGCUCACAAAUCUCAGCAGAUAGAAAAUGUUCGGAAUGUAGGCAGACAAAUUCCUGGUGAAUGUGACGGUUUUCAUGCUAACACUAAAUUUAUGGCUGUACCUCUUGAUGGUUCAGGGGGUAGGUUAUCUAUACUUAAUCGGAACAAACCAGGAAAAUUACCUGACGGUGUUAUUCCGUCUCUCGUGCAAGGAAGCAACAUUAUGGAUUUCUCAUGGGAUCCCUUUGACAAUCAUCGCCUUGCAGUAGCAUGUGACGAUGGUACGAUAAAAUUAUGGAUAAUCCCAACAGAUGGUUUAGAAGAGUCAACUAAUAAGCCAGAAAAAGAAUUUAAUGCUCAUGGUGAUAAGAUUUAUUUCAUCAAGUUUCAUCCUACUGCUCAAGAUGUUUUGGCGACUGGUUCUUAUGACAUGACGAUCAAAAUUUGGGAUCUUUCUUCUUUUUCGGAAAAAAUAAUUCUCAAAGGCCACACUGACCAAAUAUUUAGUUUUUCGUGGUCACCGUGUGGAAAAUUCUGUGCGACUGUUUGCAAGGACGGUAAAAUCAGGGUGUAUAAUCCAAGACGUUCUGAUAUACCCGUCAAUGAAGGUAAAGGCCCCGAGGGCAACAGAGGUGCAAGAAUUACUUGGGCUUUGGAGGGAAACUAUAUAGUUGUUACUGGAUUUGAUAAAGUUUCGCAAAGAUUGAUUUCAUUAUAUAAAGUUGACGAUCUAGGAAACCCUCUGCAAACAAUCGUCAGUGAUGUAUCUCCAUCAAUUCUCAUUCCUUUCUAUGAUGAAGAUAGUUCCACAUUGUUUUUGACAGGAAAGGGCGAUUCUACUAUCUACGCAUAUGAAAUAACGGAGGAAUAUCCACAUAUUUGCCCUCUAAGUCACCACCGAUGCCCCAGCCUUCACCAAGGAUUGUCAUUCCUGCCUAAGAACGUUUGUAACGUUAUCGAUGUUGAAUUUGCAGUAGCUCACAGGCUAACUAAUCAAACAAUAGAAUCACUUUCAUUCACAGUGCCAAGAAUAAAGACGGAGUUUUUCCAAGAUGAUCUCUUUCCCCCCACCAAAGUUACAUGGGAGCCUACCAUGAACAGUCAUGAGUGGUUUAGCGGUAAAGAUAAACUUCCUCGGAGGAUAAGUUUACAACCAGUUGGAAUGAUUCCAUUAUCUAGUCAGAAAACAAAUUCUACAUCUGGAAAGGCUAUGGAGAAAUAUGCAGUCAAUAAAUCAGAGUCAUCACCAUCCAUUCUUUCAAACGCACCAAUAAAUUUUAUGGAUCCAGAAUUAUCUAGUCAAAUGAAAGCGAAACAAAAUGAGAUCCAGAAAGCAAUUAGCAACAGAAUGGAGAUCAACCUCAAAUUAGAACAAGACGAUAUGGAAGGUGUGGACGAGAAAGAGUGGGAUUGAAUUUCAUUCUUCAACGAAUUUCUAUUGCGGUAACCUAAUUUUACCAUUCCAUUAAUAUAAUAUAGUCAUAAUAGAAUAAGAGUAACUCUAAGGUAAAUUCAUGACAUUUUAUAUGCUAUUUAAAUCGUUUUUUUAUAUUAUUUAAUGAAAGUGUGAUGCUAUUGUGGAUGUACAUCUUGUUAGCGUGACUGAAGAUUUUUAGCCUGUUAGUCCGUCGGAGUUUCCCACAAACAAUCAGUCAGCCUUUCGAUCUGUAGUCGCUGGUUUGAUGAUGUGACUAAGUUUGAGAUUUCGACCUUAUGAGAAUCGUUUCAGGGAACGCCCUGACGUCCAGGGGACUCCAUUAAGAGUGCUAUAAGUUGUUAAUCCUGAAAUCUCAUUUAUUUAUGAUGUAUUCUGUACUGUUUCAGUGGUCGCGAUGUUUUCAGAAUGAUUUCUAUUUUAUCUUUUUAUUGCUAUUUACCAACUAUGAUAUUCUUCUAAUUAUAACGGCUUGUAUGAAGCCAAAGAUUUUAUAACGCAUCCAGUUUUUUAAUCAUAAAAUUUUUACACAUUGAAGAUUAUAGUAAGUGUAUGUUACUGUUCUGUAAUUUAUGCUUUAUCAGAAAAAAAUUUCACACCCAAUCUACACUCCUUGUUUCAGAAUCAUGAAAUUCCUUGAUACGUUUUGAGUCGUGAGUUAACCAAUAAUAUAUUUAUUAAUAGCGUUUUCUAUUGGUAAAACUAAAAGUUUCGGCACUAUGUGCACACGAAUAUUAUUUCCGUGUUGCCAAGAACGACCCAUAAAUGCUGAUCCAAAAGAAAAUAAGGCCUGACAUAAUUAUUUGAAAUGUUCCAUCAUUGGUUAAGGUGAAUCUAUGGCUUCGCGCCAUUUUCUUCAGUUCUUGUGCUCCGUCCGAUCUUUAUGAAAUCGAAAAUGGAAAAUGUUAAAGAUUGGAACAUAAAUACAUGGAAUGGCACUAAGGCAGUGGCGUAAAUGAUAUAAACUUAUAUACGACGUAGCUUUUCUUAUUGAAAAUUGAUGUGACAAUGCUGUCAGACUCAACUAUCUCAAUUGCGAUUGGCGAUAGGUCUAUUAGGUAUGACCCUUGGUCCUUCCGUGCAAUUCAUAUUGAAAAGAUAAUUAAAAUACGAAAUUCCUCUAUUGGUUUUCUCAACAUCAUAAAAGAGCUAAAUAUUCAGGUCCAUCUUCUCUGUCAGAAGAGAAAGAAAGAAAUACCUAAACGCAAAAAUAUUUUCACCAUUCAUGACGACAAAAGUUGCAGAACAAUUCUAUGCUCUUAUGAAGCUUAAACUAAAUUGCACAAACACUGGCACGACCUCUCAGACCUUGUGCUGAAAGAUGCGCACAGAGUGCUUAUAGUGCGGAACAAGUUUUACAAAAGAACAUGUCUUCUAAAAACUUUGGAGGGUAGCUUCUGUGUGAAAUUUUUUCUUUAUUUACAUUUUGUUCGACUGUCAGUGUCAAGAAUGUUAAUGUAAGGCGAAAGGGCGCUGGCCUGUAGCCAAUGUAUGAAGAGUUCAUGAAUAGUGAAUAUACCUUGAAACAGCAA